GGGAAGAAGGAUGUGGUUCAUUUGUUCAGCAAUAUUGUGAGACGUCAGAUUGGCACCCGUACGCCCACGGUAGAAUACAUCUCUACACACCCAGAGAUCCUCUUCAUGCUUCUGAAAGGAUAUGAGAGUAUAGAAGUGGCUCUGAACUGUGGGAUGAUGCUGAGAGAGUGUCUGCGCCACGAGCCUUUAGCACGGACGGUGCUCUUCUCUGAGGACUUCUACAGCUUCUUCCGUUACGUGGAGCUCUCAACCUUUGACAUCGCCUCGGACGCUUUCGCCUCAUUCAAGGAUCUUCUCACAAGACACAAGAUUAUGUGUGCAGAUUUCCUGGAGAACAAUUACGACAGGGUGUUUACAGAAUACGAGAAGCUCCUGCAUUCUGACAACUACGUCACCAAACGCCAGUCUUUGAAGCUCCUUGGGGAACUUCUCCUGGAUAGACACAACUUCACUGUCAUGACAAAAUACAUCAGUCGGGCAGAAAACCUGAAGCUGAUGAUGAACAUGCUAAGAGACAACAGCCGAAACAUCCAGUUUGAAGCCUUCCAUGUCUUCAAGGUAUUCGUUGCAAACCCCAACAAGACUCAGCCCGUGCUGGACAUACUGCUGAAGAACCAGGCCAAACUGGUGGAGUUCCUGAGCCACUUCCAGACUGACAGAUCAGAGGAUGAGCAGUUCUGCGAUGAGAAGAACUAUCUGGUUAAGCAGAUCCGGGACCUGAAGAGGCCCGCUGCGCCGGAGGAAGCUUAAGGCGGCUGCUCCAUCAGGUGGUAGAAGUGUGGCUGGAGCUGCACAGGGUUGAGAGAGAGUCUAAAAGACAUGCUUCAUUAAGACUUAAUAUUAACUACAAAAUAUAGGAAAAAAAGUAAAGAUUACUUCCUUCACUUUCUGUUUUUUUUUGUGUGGAUGUGGAGGUGAUUUCCAUCCAGCAACCUGAGUGGGCCAAGAACUGUUAUUUAAACCAUAGUGCUUCUUCUUUAGGGAUAAUGAAAUGCAUUUAGUUCGUUCUUGUAAUGUUGGACCUUAAACUGUUACCCUUCCACAUACUUUGUUGCUCUCAGAGAACCUUAGAAUGACAGAAACAUCACCCCAAUCACAGCCAACCUGAGCUCUGAGGUGUUCUAGAAAGUCUGUCUCAGAAACAUGUCUAUAUUUUAGAGAUUGAAAAGCUGAGGAGAAGUAAAUAUAUUAUUUUUCUAAUGUAUCUUCAUGGUAAACAGUUUAAAACAUACAGUAACUCUUCUCUCUGAACAUUGUUUAGUCUAACUAAUUGCAUAGCUUUGGUUUUUUGCCUUAUUGUAAGCUGUUGUGUUGUACAGGGACUUAAAUGAACUUUAGAAAUACGGCUUGGGCUGAGUGACAUGUGUAUCGGCCAGGUCAGCACAUAGUAAUUUUUUGGUGAUUUAAUGUGUAGGUAUUAGGCCUUUGGAUGCAUGUGUGGGGUUACAGAGGUCAGAAAUGAUCCUGCAGUGCUGUACUUGCCAAUGUAUUAGCUGGCACAGGAAGAGAAAAUCAAAACCAUAGAGGAAUCAAUUAAUUGUGCUGCGAUUUUGAGGCUGCGCUCAGCGAGGCUUACAUGACUGAAAUAGAAACAAGGCAUCAGAUAAUGCUGCAGGGUACCAGCCAUCCAUUCACCGCUAACAUAGACAGCCCGGAUAUACCAAUUGAUCUCACUAGGAGCACUCCAUUUCAUCCUCACAUACUCAGCACAGAUAGCAAUGACUCAUUUAAAACAACGAUUUAACUAAUAAUUAAUUCACGAGGGUUUUAAACUACUUGAUGUAUGCCGUCUCAGGCGUUUCUCCUUUACAGCAUAAGCACUGCAUAACACAAGAAAUAAUAUUGCAGUUUACAUGAGGGGUGUUGCCCAUUAAGAUGCAUCGUAAGUAUGUUACACUGUAAAUCUAUUAAAUAUAAGAGCAUGAUGUGUUUCAAAUUGGUUGACUUGUGGAAGAGACUUGAACUAUAAUUAGGGAUUGAUUUUUCUUGAAUCAUUUUCCUCAUUUAGUUUAGUUUAGUUCAUUUGACACAUAUUGGACAUCUGCUCCUCUGGAUCAGAGACUUGGGCAGUUUUUAUUUGUCUGGAAUAUUUAGCUACAACUAACUGGAUCACCUUUAAGCUUAUGUAAACAACAACCCAUCCUUACAGUUAAAAAUAAAACUGGGUGACAGAUGCCAAAACACACACUCUCUUUUAAAUGCCGUUGUUUCUUUCUUAGAGUCCUUUCUGAUAUGAUUAUAAUAACACACUUUGAUAGAAUACACUGUAACAUGUCUGUGAUGCGUCUGAAGCACAUCCCAACAGAUAAUAACCACAUGCACUGUUAAAACCAGAAUGACUUUUGUUUUUAGCACUGAAUUUAUUGAAUUCCUCACAUGCAUCACUUGAUCAGUUAUACUUCUUCAAAAUAUUUGCCUUACUUCUGCCAUUUUCACUAAAAUGGCAUUUUAGGGGUUUUCCAAAAAUAUGUUGUCUGUUCGCACAGUCUUCUAGUAUAUACCUCAUGGGAUUUGAGUUUGCAAAUGCUGUGUUCUCUUUCCUUAUCCUUCCUAGACAAGAUAUUUUAUUUGACAACUUAAAAUACACAACAGUGGUUUGUAUGCAUGCCUAAACUUGAGAUAUAUAUGUUCAAACUUGAACAGGGACUGCAUCCUGGUUUUCACAAUGGAAAACUAGAUUUUUAAACUGAAAUAUUUCAUUGGGUGGUGUCACACAAACGUUAAUUCAUAAUGAAUUGCAGUGUGGUACCUUGUAAUGAACGUUGCCUUAUUUAAAGACAUUUAAUGGAUUGUAAUAAUUAUGUAAAAAAAAAAUCCAGACCUCUUAAUUUGUUUUUAAACCAAAGUCAAUAUGAAAAGGUUCAAAAAUGUACAUUUCAAGUCCCAGGUGCAUUACUAGUUAAUUUCUCAUACCCACAUCUAGUGUAUUGUAGGUUUUUAUCACCAACUGCAUUACGCUCCAAUGUGAUCCUGUGAGUGUAAAUAUAUUUUAAUAGAGAUUAAUAGACUACAUUCAGAGUAGUUUUUCAGUUGUGGUUAAUUGGCUUUUCUUUUCUUGUUUAAUGACUAUUUGGUACUCUCCACCAGAUAGCCACAAGGUCAAAAUCUGGCCUUUAUGUAUCCAUAGAAUAAUAAUGGGGGAAAUCUGCUGUGAAUGUGGUUAAAUUAUGCAUUAAUAGACUGAAGUCCUGCACACAGGGCACUGUCAUGUACUCCAGUUUAUGAAAGAAAGUUUGUCUGAAAGUGUGUUUGAGUUUCUUCAAAAAAUCCUGAUGGUAAUCAAGUUUUCAACUCCUUUUGUUACUAUUUACUGUGAAACAUAAUUUUCCAAAACUAUACGAAUGCAUUGGACUUAAAUCACAUGGAUAGUAGUCAUUAUUAAGAUCUCCACGAGCACAAACUGAGGUUUCAUAAUAGACUGUGCUCGGUAAUAAUAUCCAACGUUAUUGUACUGUUGUGUAACAAAAUGACACACAUUUUAAAAAAGAAAUGGUCCAAAAAUAUUCUUAACAUUUGGUGUGUUAGGUGUGCAUUCAAGCUUUUCUUGAAAUUUGAGUCCAUGACGUGCACUUUGAGAAGGACAUGCUUUACACAGUCGUCCCAUCAGAGGGAGCUGUUGGCAACAAUUGGCACCUUGUAUUAGUUGUACAAACAAAGCAUUUUAUGUUUCUAUAACCCUACCUCUAAUUAUGACUAUAUGAAUCACUGGCAAUAUUAUGUAGACAUCAACACAAAUUCCUUAAGAUCAAUAUAUUUCAUGAUUUAGAGUUUUACGUUUAAAUAUUUGUUGUGCUUUACUUUUUUUUUUUUUUUUACUCCGUUGCCUUUUUCUUUUUCCUUCUCUUUCCACUCUCUGGAUAUUUUCUUUAUUUUCCAUGGGGGCAAAUUAUGUGUACAUAACUUUAUAAAGGAUAAAAGUGUGAAAGCAUUCAUGAAAAUAAAACUUUAUGGCAAUUUA